AUGGCCUCGGAUCGCGGGGUCCCAGGGGCCGGCGUCUAUGGAGAUUUACCCCCGAGUUAUACGCGCUCCCAGCAGCCUGCGAAUCCAGACGUACUCCGGAGACCCAGCUACUGCCACGCUGCUUUCGCACUUAAACAGAUCUCAAAGGGGAAGGCUGUAGGUCAGAAAGCUCCUCUGUGGAUCCGGGCGAGGUUCCAGGCCCUCCUGUUCUCUCUGGGCUGCCACAUCCAGAAGCACUGUGGGAAGGUCCUCUUUAUUGGACUCUUAGUAUUCGGGGCUCUGUCUGUGGGACUCCGAGUCGCAGCCAUCGAAACGGACAUCGAACAGCUAUGGGUGGAAGCUGGUAGUCGAGUGAGCACAGAGCUUCGCUACACCAAGGAGAAGCAGGGAGACGAGUCAGUAUUUACCUCACAGAUGCUUAUCCAGACCCCCAAAGAAGAGGGCACCAAUAUUCUUACCCAGGAGGCUUUGCUGGUUCACAUGGAAGCCGCCCUGUCCGCCAGCAAGGUCCAGGUGUCACUGUUUGGAAAGUCGUGGGAUCUUAACAAAAUAUGCUAUAAAUCAGGAGUUCCUAUUAUAGAAAAUGUCAUGAUUGAAAGGAUGAUUGACAAGCUAUUCCCCUGUAUGAUAAUCACCCCAUUGGACUGUUUUUGGGAAGGGGCCAAACUACAGGGAGGCUCCGCCUAUUUACCGGGUAUGCCAGAUAUCCAGUGGAUGAAUCUAGAUCCAGUCAAGCUGAUGGAGGAGCUGAGUCAGUUCACCUCCCUGGAAGGAUUUAAGGAGAUGUUGGACAAAGCCCAGGUGGGACAUGCCUACAUGAACAGGCCAUGUCUAGAUCCCUCAGACCCUGACUGCCCUCUCAGUGCACCCAACAAGGAGCAAGGAGAGAGUCCUGACAUUGCUGGGCGUCUUCAGGGUGGUUGCCAUGGUUUCAGUCAGAAGUUCAUGCACUGGCAGGAGGAGCUGAUCCUGGGAGGGCGGGUGAAGAGCAGCCAGGAUAUUCUGCUGAGUGCGGAGGCUCUCCAAACCAUGUUCCUGUUGAUGAGUCCUAAGCAGCUGUACGAGCACUUUAAAGAUGACUACGAGAUCCACGACAUAAACUGGAAUGUAGAAAAGGCUACCGCCAUCCUCGAGUCCUGGCAGAGGAAGUUUGUGGAGGUGGUCCACCAGAGUAUCCCAUCUAACUCCAGCCAGUCCCUCCACGCUUUCUCCACCACCACCCUUAACGACAUCAUGAAAUCUUUCUCUGAUGUCAGCGUCAUCAGGGUGGCUGGAGGAUACCUGCUUAUGCUGGCCUAUGCCUGUGUGACCAUGCUAAGGUGGGACUGUGCCAAGUCCCAGGGGGCCGUGGGGCUGGCCGGGGUGCUGUUAGUGGCUCUGUCAGUGGCUGCAGGACUGGGUCUCUGCUCCCUGCUUGGCCUCUCUUUCAAUGCUGCCACCACACAGGUGCUUCCCUUCUUGGCACUAGGGAUUGGCGUGGAUGACAUGUUUCUGUUGGCUCAUUCCUUCACAGAGGCUGGAAGUAACAUCCCCUUUAAGGACCGGACAGGAGACUGUUUGCGUCGCACCGGCACCAGUGUGGCUCUAACUUCCAUCAACAAUAUGAUUGCAUUCUUUAUGGCUGCUCUCGUACCCAUUCCUGCCUUGCGAGCUUUCUCUUUGCAGGCGGCCAUUGUGGUCGUGUUUAACUUCGCCAUGGUGCUGCUCAUCUUCCCUGCCAUCCUCAGUUUGGACCUCCACAGGCGUGAGGAUAAGCGUUUGGAUGUCCUCUGCUGCCUGUACAGCCCCUGCUCCGACCGCGUCAUCCACCUCUCUCCGCACGAGCUGUCAGACGCUGGGGAGCAGCCGCACACGCCUACGACGGCAACAACACACACGCACCAGUACUCGGCGGGAUCGACAAUCACCACCAGCACCCAAAUCACCACCACAGUGCAGGCAUUCACGCAGUGUGACGCAGCCGGCCAGCAUAUCGUCACAAUCCUACCACCUACCUCACAGAUCUCCACCAGCCCGCCAUCCAUCAUCCUCUGCCCCACUUCACAGUCACAAGCCAUCACACCUUCCCCCACCACCACCUCUGUGCAGGACCCCUACGGCUCCCAGCUCUUCACCCCUACGUCCAGCUCCACACGGGACCUCCUAGCUCAGGUGGAGGAUUCCAAAUCGGGAAAGAAGUGCGUCCCACUCCCUUUCCUGCACUGGAACCUGUCCAGCUUCGCCAGGGAGAAAUACGCCCCUCUGCUCCUCAAACCCAAAAGCAAAGCCAUCGUGGUGGUUCUCUUUCUGGGCCUCCUGGGCCUCAGCCUGUAUGGGACCACCAUGGUGCACGACGGCCUCUACCUAACCGACAUUGUGCCACGCGACACCAAGGAGUAUGAUUUCAUCGACGCCCAGUUCAAGUAUUUCUCCUUCUACAACAUGUAUCUGGUGACCAUGGAUGGAUUUGAUUACGCCCAGUCACAGAGGCUGCUGAUCCAGCUGCACAACGCCUUCAACUCUGUUAAAUACGUGGUCAGAGACAGCGACAACAAACUGCCCCGAAUGUGGCUGCACUACUUCCAGGACUGGCUAAGAGGUCUUCAGGCUGCUUUUGAUGCAGACUGGCAGGCAGGCAGGAUUACCUCUGACAGCUAUCGUAACGGCACAGAGGACGGAGCGCUGGCGUACAAGCUCCUCAUCCAGACCGGCUCCAAGAAAGAGCCUUUUAACUACAGCCAGCUGACUUCUCGUCGGCUGGUGGACGCAGAGGGUUUGAUCCCGGCAGAGGUGUUUUACAUUUACCUGACAGUCUGGGUCAGUAAUGAUCCUCUGGGCUAUGCUGCCUCCCAGGCCAAUUUCUACCCCCAUCCUAGAGAGUGGAUUCACGACAAGUAUGACACUACAGGGGAGAAUCUGCGCAUCCCAGCUGCAGAGCCCCUGGAGUUUGCCCAGUUCCCCUUCUACCUGAACGGCCUUCGCCAGGCCAGCGACUUUGUGGAGGCCAUUGAGAGUGUGCGCUCCAUCUGCGACGAGUUUAGUCGCAAGGGCGUGUUAAACUACCCUAACGGAUACCCCUUCCUGUUUUGGGAGCAGUACAUUGGUCUCAGACACUGGUUCCUGCUGGCAAUCAGCGUGGUGCUGGCCUGCACCUUCCUGGUCUGUGCGAUUCUCCUGCUCAACCCCUGGACUGCCGGCAUCAUUGUGUUUAUCUUGGCCAUGAUGACGGUGGAGUUGUUUGGCAUCAUGGGUCUGAUUGGAAUUAAGCUGAGCGCCAUCCCUGUAGUCAUUCUGAUUGCCUCUGUGGGCAUUGGGGUGGAGUUCACCGUUCACAUCGCACUGGGCUUCUUGACAGCGAUCGGCAACAGAAACAAGCGCUCGGCAGUGGCUCUGGAGCACAUGUUUGCCCCGGUGGUUGACGGAGCGAUCUCCACGCUGCUUGGCGUUCUCAUGCUUGCAGGGUCAGAGUUUGACUUCAUCAUGAGGUAUUUCUUUGCUGUGUUGGCUAUCCUCACUGUAUUGGGGAUGCUGAAUGGCUUGGUCCUCCUGCCAGUCCUCCUGUCCAUGAUGGGCCCUCCAGCUGAGGUCACCCCGGUUGACAAUGCCAGCCGCUUGCCGACGCCUUCCCCUGAACCCCCACUGCCUCCACCCAUGACCCACCAUGGGUACUACACGGGCCACCACAACCCACGGUCGUCUCGUCAACAGGCUUUUUCGGAGUCGUCAGACUCUGAGUAUUACUCGGAGAUGACCACCACGUCAGGGAUCGGGGAGGAGGAUUAUAAGUACUGUGACCAGAGCGCGUACAUAGCAUCGCAGACCAACAUUCCACCUGCAACAUCUCACAUACUGCUGGAAGCCAGCAAGAAUCCAAGCUUCCCCAAGCUUACGGUGGUGAAGCCAUUCAGGGAAAAUGCAACAGGCACUGGCGGAAGGAUAGAACCAUUAAAUGAAUCUUCCCACAACGCACAGUCACCUCUCGGCUCCCAGGUUACAUGUUGGGAUGGAAACAAGCAACAGCCGGGCCUCCAGAGGCUCCAGGCACAACACUUACCCAGCGACAGAGCUAACUUCCCUGGGAGGACUUGUCAAAGUGGCCCCAGGCUGCAGAACGCCAGAGGGCCUCAGCCAAACAGGACUAAAGGGCCGAGCUAUAGCAAUAGCAACUCCGCCCUGCCGACGGGCUGCACAGGGGGACCUGUUACCAUGGUAACGGCCACAGCCUCUGUGACGGUGGCUGUGCAUCCAACCUUGCCAGGGGCGGCAUACCAAGGCUAUAUGCAUGAAGGUUUUGACACGGACAGUGAGUCGGACUGUUUUGAGGCUGCUAAGAGGACUGGUGACAAAACAAACUUUUCUUCAUGUAAGAGAGACUCUUUAGAGCUCCAGGACUUGGAAGCAACACAGAGCCAGACAGAGCAUCAAAUCGGCAAGACAAAAGGUGGGUUGAGGAUCCAGGCAGCCAAAGAUUGCUAGACUGUCUGCCACACCCUGCCUUCUCUCUUCGAGUCUCUGGCUGCUUCUCCAGAGCACCUUGGCGCAUCACAUGGCGUCACAUCACAUGUUGAACUCUCAACUGUACAUAGACUUCACACAAAAAGGAUUUAUUUCAAGGACAUAUUAAGAGAAAAUGACAUUUUAAGAAUUAUAUAAAUCUAUGAGUAUAUAUUUUAAUACUAAACAAGAAGGAAGCUAUUUAAAAGAGUACUGUAUAACUUGGGUAUACUCUUGUGUAAAAGUUAAGAUGUAAAAGAUUAUUUUUUUGUGGGGCGGUUGAUUGUUUUUCCCCCCACAGUGUAUAGAAUAAGAAAUGUGCUAUAUGUAAAAAGUGUCCAGAAAAAGUGAGAUGUUAUUAAGAUAUUAGGCUAUUGAACAUACAUGGUCAGUGUUUUAUUUCUAUUUGUAUUAUGUUCUCUUUUUUUGCUGCUACACACUACAACAUUUUAAGUGAUUUGCCUUAAAAAAUGCAGUACCCUUUCCUCCCCCUCUGGUUUUACAGUGUUUUACUGUGAGAUAUUCUGCAUCUGAAACAUUCUCUGUUGUAGUUUAAUUAUAGAUGCUACCUGUCACAGUGUGCACUGUAGAAAAAGAAAAAGAAAGACAAAAAAGCAGAAUUACACAGCAGAUACUGUUUUCUUAACAGUAGAAACCGUCGUGCCUUCAAUUUGUCUCCUUAUCCUUGUCAUCACAGCAUUCAGCGCUCAGUAUUAUGUCCUUGCUUUGGUGUAUGUAUGUUUUGUCUCGUCCAGAAACAGAAUGUUUGUCAAGAAGCAGUAGUAGACUGACGUUUGCCAGUUAUCACCAUUAUCUGUCCAUCUAUCUGAAUAUUGCUGAAUGUGAUUCGUCAGCCAGCAUGCUGACAGAGUCACACCUAACUCAUUUUUCAUGUUACAUUUUGUCUGGGUGUCCCAACGUCUUGUGCAGUUUUAAACUACUUGAAGGAGCUGUGAUAAGAUUUUUUUUCUUCAGCAGUUUUUGUAAGCUCUACAGUGGGUGAAUUAACAUUUGUCACUUAGUGUUUGACAAUUGUUCACCUUCUUGUAUUAUUUUGAAAGGGAAUUAUAAAAUCCAAUGCAAAGGGAGUGAUUUUAUUAUGUUAUUUUUAUUUUGCUGGCUGCUUUAGAGUUGUAACACGCUCAUGUUGUUUCGACCCUGUGCAAAUAUUACAUUGUGUAAACUGGUUCAGUCUUCAUAAUGCUCCAACCUGCUCUGACUCACUUUCUAAUGUCUCACUCUUCUUGCUAAUACGAACCUCAUAUAUGCCACAUUACAUUUUCUUUCAUUCUUAGGAUUUUCAUGUAAUUUGCUUUACAAAGUUUCCAUUGUUGUUGUUGUUCAGUAUUGGUCUCAUCACUGCCGGGUUAAAUUGCAGGGAAAAACUUGCGGAUCUAUUUUUUCAUUUCAUUUUUUAAGUGGCAGCUUUGUUUUCUUUUGUACAUAUGAAAGAAAAGUUGAGUAGCUACUGUGCAGUUGUGAAUACUUAAGCAGAAUGAGCAAAGCACCAUUUACAGUUUGAUCAGACCGUAGACCGCCAGCAGGUGUUGUCAGACAGUGGUGAGGAGUUUAAAAGGGA